AUGGAGCACCGCAGCUGGGGUCACCAGCAGCCUGGCUCUGGCAACCCUCACGGCGACCCAUCGCAGUCACAGGGGGCUCCCCGAGCAGGACCUAACUAUGGACCCGGUACACCACAACACAAUCCGCAACAUUCUCCACCAUCAGGUGCUAAUGGCCUGCCACCACCCGGUGGACCCUUCCCUCCUUUUCAUCAGCCUGCGCAUUCCCUCGCCAGCCUCGCCGGUUUGAGCCAGUCGUCGCCGAGACAGCCUCCUCCCCAGCAACACCGGCCCGAAGAGCCCGAUUCGCGUCCACCUCCUGGUUUCGGCCUUCCAAGUCUCAGCCAGGCGACGGGUCAGUCCAAUGUGUUGGCUGACCGCGAAAGAAGGGAGCGAGAAAUGGAAAGAAUCCACAUCAAGGAAGAGGAGGAUCGGAGACAUCGAGAACAUGAGCGACAGCGGAUGGAGCAAGCGCCGCCGCAUCAGACACCGCAAGGCCCUCCAGUGCACCUUCAUCAGCCAGUAGCUGUAGGCCCACGCACUGUACACGGCCCCAAUGGUCUGCUCGGCAAUCCGGGCAUGGGAGGGCCACCUCCACAGCCGCAUCUACCUUUGGGAGCUCCCUCUGGUCCGGGAAACAUCUUCGCUGGGGGCCCUGUUCAACCUGCACCAGGCCCAGCAGGCCAACACCCGCAAGCUGCAGGCCUCCUUUCGGGGUACGUGCAGGGGGCACCAGGCCAACCACCUCAACAGCAGCAGCAGCAACAGGCUAUGGGACAGCCUCAGGGACAAGGUCAAGGCCAACAGCCGAUCUUGAACGAUGCCCUCAGCUAUCUGGACCAGGUCAAGGUCCAAUUCCACGAGCAGCCGGACGUGUACAAUCGGUUCCUCGAUAUAAUGAAAGACUUCAAGUCGGGCGCAAUCGAUACGCCUGGUGUUAUUGGUAGGGUCAGCACACUUUUCGCAGGCAACCCAGAGCUCAUCCAAGGCUUCAAUACUUUUCUGCCUCCUGGUUACCGUAUCGAAUGCGGAACUGGCGACGAUCCAAAUGCCAUCCGAGUCACCACACCCAUGGGCACAACAGUCCAGUCAAUGCCACAGCCUCGACCGCUCAGCAGGCAGGAGGGAGGCCAGGAGGGGCUGAGGCCUGCUAAUGGCACCUUUACGCCUCAGCCUGGUGCGCAAAGCGCCCAAAUGAUGUUCAGUCCAAGUGGUCGCCCGGCUGGCCCGGCGGCGCCUAUUCAGCAGCAUCUCUCGCCCAUGGAAGCUGCGAGACAACAAGAGGAGCAGCGGGCAAUACACCAGCAGGAGCAGCGGGGGGUCAACUCUCUUCAAAGUGCUGUAUCGGCGGCCGCUGGAGGUACUGGGCUAAGAGUUGGAAUUUCGCCGCGAGCGACUCCCAUGCCUGGACAAGAUGCAGCAGCACACGACGCAGCGGCUCAGGUGGGUCUUGAGAAGCGCGGCCCGGUUGAGUUCAACCACGCGAUCAGCUACGUGAAUAAGAUCAAGAAUCGCUUCGCAUCACACCCCGACAUCUACAAACAGUUCCUCGAAAUACUCCAGACUUACCAGCGCGAAUCAAAGCCGAUCCAAGACGUCUACAGUCAAGUCACACACCUCUUCAAGACCGCACCCGAUCUCCUCGAAGACUUCAAGCAGUUUCUACCAGAAUCCGCAGCACAUGCGAAGCAAGCAGCAGAAAGAGCAAGGCAAGAGGCAGAGAACAACGUUGUAACAUCCAACGUGCGCAGUGAGGGUUUGUACAACAGUCCCGUCAUGUCGCGUGAGAUCACGACACCGGCACAUGCACGAGGUCAAAUGCCUCCGAUUGGUAACUUUGCGCCGACACCCGCAUCGAAAGACAACAAGAGAAAGAGGGAACAACGUCAAGGCACCGCGGACCGCAUGGCUGAUGGUGUCGCAGGCCCAAGCGGCAGCAAAGCGCAGUUCCCAGGGCACCCCAACAAGCGCCUGAAGACUGGACAGCAAGUCGCCAAAGGGCUAAAUGACCAGCCACCUGCGUCGCCGACCUUGACUCCACGUUUGCCGGAGCCUCUCGAGCCUACGACCACAUCGGCGGCCACCAGCGAGGAGCUCUCUUUCUUCGAUAAGGCAAAGAAGGCAAUUGGCAAUAAGAACUCCAUGAACGAGUUCUUGAAGCUCUGCAACUUGUUCAGCCAAGACCUCAUCGAUCGCGGGACACUCCUCUACCGAGCGAGAGCAUUCAUCGGUGGCAAUGCUGAGUUGAUGAAGUGGUUCGAGCAGUGGCUCGGCCAUGACGAGAAAGAUGUGAUAAUCGAGAACAAACCGCGGGUGCCUUCUGGAAGGGUCAUGCUUAGCAACUGCAGAGGUCUCGGCCCCAGCUACCGCUUGUUGCCCAAGAGAGAGCGCCAGAAGCCGUGCAGUGGCCGUGACGAGCUGUGCAACUCCGUUCUGAACGAUGAGUGGGCAUCGCAUCCUACUUGGGCAUCAGAGGACUCCGGAUUCAUCGCCCAUCGCAAGAAUCUGCACGAGGAAGGUCUGCACCGCAUUGAAGAGGAGCGUCACGACUACGACUACAACAUCGAAGCCUGCUCUCGCACCAUUCAGUUGCUGGAGCCGAUCGCGACUCAGCUGCGACGUAUGGACGAAGCGCAACAGCGGAACUAUCAGCUACCGCCAGGGCUUGGUGGUCAGAGCGAGACCAUCUACAAGCGUGUGAUCAUGAAGUUGUACGGAAGAGACAAGGGCGCGGACGUGAUUGAUAGUCUCCAUGCUCGUCCUUACCAGGUCAUUCCGGUGCUCCUAAACAGACUGAAGGAGAGACUGGAGACCUGGAAGAUGGCUCAACGCGAGUGGGAGAAGGUUUGGCGCGAGCAGACACAAAAGAUGUUCUGGAAGUCACUCGAUCACCAAGCUGCAAACGCCAAAACGAACGACCGCCGACAGUUUCAGACGAAGACUCUCCAAGCCGAGAUCCAAGUCAAACACGAGGAGAUGAAGCGGGCUGCCAAUAUCAACCCCAGCUUCCGACGCCUUCCACAGAUGGAGUUCACUGUCGACGACGUGGAUGUGUUGACGGAUGCUACCUAUUUGGUACUGGCCUACGUGGAUGCUCAUAUGGCCACGGACCAGCCAAGGCUCUUCAACUUCAUUCGCGACUUUGUCGCCUUGUUCUUCAGACUGGACGACAUUGGGUUCCGAGCCGCCAUUGACCGCCGAUUCCAACAGUCCCCCCAGAAUGAGUCGAUCGAAGACCCACCUUCUGGAGGCGAAGAUUCGGCGUCUGUCAAGUCUCGCAAAGGCGGUGCUGCUAAGAACAGCACUUUGCUUCGUGCGGCCUUGGACCGAGGCAGGACGCUCAACCGUACACGCGAUGACAGUAAUGCGUCAGAAAGCCGUGGGUCGACGCCUGACAUUGCCUCGAACGGCGACCACGUCGAGAACACCGUGGAGGACGAGACGAUGACGGAUGCCGCAGAAGAUUCGGAGAACAAAUCAGACAUCGCCACCGGACGCUGGCUCGACCAUCCUACUGACAAGAACGUCCUCGGCUCCAAGAACAUCAACCCUCAAGAACUACGGGACCGUGACGUCUUCCAUUUCUGGGCCAACACUCCAAUCUACUGCUUCAUGCGUCUGUUCCUUAUGCUCUACGAACGACUCACGAAGUUGAAGAGUGCUGAGGAUGGUGUGCGCGAGGCCGUGCAGAACGCGCAGAAGGUCAAGCCCGCCAUUGAGCUCGGCAUCGUCGACAAGCUACCCAGUGAUUACUUCAACGACACUAGCUCAACCGCCAACUACUACAAUCAGAUGCUCUCCAAGUUCGAGGAGCUUCUCAGGAACGAAGUUGAACAAACCGAAAUCGAGGAAACCUUGCGGCGGUACUACCUUCAAGCCGGCUACCAACUUUACCCGGUGGAGAAGAUUGUUAUGACGUUGACGCGCGACGCACUACAGACGAUGAACAGCGACGGCAAGGACAAGUCAGCGGAUGUCUUUGCACUUUUUAAGAAGGACCGUGUGAAGGAAAAGACCAGCGCGCAGCAGCAGACUGACUACCGCAAGGCAGUGGAGAAGAUGGUCAAGGACUCUGAAGUCUAUCGAAUCGACUUCGAUCCGACCAAUAGCAAAGUUCGGGUCUAUCUGUCCAAGCGCGACGAUCCAAUCGCUGAUGACGGUAUGACCGAGUCUCAGCGUGAGGAACUUUGGCGUUACUACAUUGCGUCCUACACAUCUGUGGACAACACGGAUGGAAUCGAGGUCGGCAAAGUCUCCUAUCCGUUCUUGAUGGGCAAUGUUCGGGUCUUUGGUGCAGAUCCUCGAUCUGAAUCGUUCCCACCAGCACCUGGACGAUUUAUCGAAGUCAUGAACGAGGAGAAGUUGGAAGUGCGGAUAGCGGUCAAUAACUACCGCGCCUUCUUCCAACCAGAGACAUUUGAGUCGUUUCACUCAAAAGACGACGAGGAUGAGAGCACAGACUGGCCUUCUCAGCGGGACGAUGUGGUCAAGGACAUCACCAUGAACAACAAUGCGAUGGUGGACAUGUCGAAGGAAGACGUGGAGAGCAAGAACUCAAAUUUCCUUUCUGUUGUGAAUAACGAGUGA